AUGCGUUUUGAAUUCCCCGAUGAGGACAUCAUCUUGAUUAGGGAUUGCAACAUCCCUGGACCCGAGGAAGGACCCGAGCCUGGAUACCGACGGAACUUGGUGUUCGAUGGAGCUUCUAAUGCUCACGGCAAUGGAGUUUGGGAAGUAAUCACUUCUCUAACUAAUUUCCACCUCCCCUUCACCGCCAGGUUAUGUUUUGAAUGUACAAAUAAUAUGGCCAAAUACGAGGCUUGUAUCUUUGGUAUUGAAGCUGCUAUCGAUCCUAGGAUCAAAAUCCUGGAAGUCUAUGGAGAUUCUGUCUUGGUAAUCAACCAAGCCAAAGGAGAUUGGGAUACUAGAGAUCAUAAUCUCAUUCUUUACAAAAAGCAUGUCUUGAAACUAGUCCCCUACUUCGAUGAGAUUACAUUCCACCACAUCCCUCGAGAAGAGAAUCAGCUAGCCGACGCCUUGGAAACUUUGGCGUCCAUGUUUAAAGUUAAGUGGAAGAACGAAGCACCAUCAUUUCACCUCAACUACUUGGACGAACCUGCUUACUUCCUAGAAGCAGGAGACGAAGCUGACUGUCGUCCUUGGUUCUCUGACAUCAUGAAAUUCUUAGAGAACCAAGAGUACCUUGUGGACGCGUCCAUCACCGAUAAGAAGUAUAUUCGGAAACUAUCAUCCAAGUUCUUCUUAAGUGGAUGGCAAGAAGAAAACCAGAUUAUAAGGGAAAUUCACGAAGGAUCCUUUGGGGACGCAUGCCAGUGGGAACACUAUGGUAAAGAAAAUCUUAAGGGUCGGCUACUAUUGGAUGACUAUGGAGGUUGA